AUGCAACUCAUGAAAGGACUUUUUAUCGCUGCCGUGAUCUGCGUCGCGGGUGCGGUCAGUGCCAAGCAGCAAGAGACCGACAAUCAUCCGGACUCUACUCGCCCAGUCACAAAUGGCUUCGGCAUGCAGGUCGGUUUUGCGUCCAAUGACGAUCCUGACGAGGUUGACGAGGAGAACUCGGCUCAGAAGACAAAUUAUACUGUGUUUGUGGUGGGGGGAGUGGCCGGUUGCGUCUGCAUUGGCAUUAUUGGAGCCGUGUACAUGAAGCGAAGGAAGGAUAAGGGUAAACUACAGGGCGACAUUUUCACUAUCGACGAUAAGAAUUCAGUGUUGUAA